GCCUCUCGCAAACAGACACACGAGGGAUAUUAAGCGCCUACGUGUUUAAUAUGACCCUCAUCGACAGGAAAAUUUUAAAAGCAUGAGUAUGCACAAAUGGAAAACACGGUGGCACACGAUGCUAGGACAUAGGAAAGAGAUGAUCUCUAGGCAUAGAAGUAUAGGAAGGAUAUGCAGUUUUAUCCUUAUCUUAGCAGUCAUUGGAACAUUUUCUUUUCCUCUCAAGAGUCACGCUAGUCCUAGCUUAGAUACAGGAAGCCAGUGGAAAUCUAGGCAUUUAUUAUCAGUGUCAUCCGAUAAUUCGUCGGCCAACAGCACGUUCAAGGAGCAUGUAAGGCAUUGUGAAUUGGAACUACAAGGCCUUCCAGGACUAUGGGUAGCAUUCUACUUCUUUCUUAUCAUUGUGUCAUUCACAGCGCUUGCCAUAGUUUGCGAUGACUUCUUCGUUCCCUCUCUCGAGAUCAUCUCUGAAAAGUUAGACUUGUCGGAAGAUGUCGCUGGCGCAACUUUCAUGGCCGCCGGGUCGUCUGCUCCUGAACUGUUCACGUCUAUCGUUGGUCUCGCCACAGACAAUAAUGACGUUGGAGUUGGUACAAUUGCUGGUUCCGCCAUGUUCAAUAUUUUGAUAAUCAUUGCCCUUUCGGCUGCCUUAGCUGGUCAGGUGCUAUAUCUGGACUGGCGGCCGUUAAUAAGGGACUCCAUCUUUUACGCCACUUCCGUUGGCGUCUUCAUAGUUUUUGCCUGGGACGGCAAAUUAGAGCACUACGAAACGGCCAUUUUGCUUUUUCUGUAUAUUUUGUAUAUAGUCCUGAUGAAAUUCAAUAUACAAGUUAUGGAAUGGAUGGCCGGAUGGAAUUUUUGUCCAUGUCUGUGUCGACCUGUUAUUGUCCCCACAGUAGAAGAUACAGCUGCGGGGACACAAGACUCCGAGGACGACAUCCACAAUCAUAAAAGUGCCACCUUGCAGUCUGGCGAUCUGCGAAAGGUGCUAUAUCUGGACUGGCGGCCGUUAAUAAGGGACUCCAUCUUUUACGCCACUUCCGUUGGCGUCUUCAUAGUUUUUGCCUGGGACGGCAAAUUAGAGCACUACGAAACGGCCAUUUUGCUUUUUCUGUAUAUUUUGUAUAUAGUCCUGAUGAAAUUCAAUAUACAAGUUAUGGAAUGGAUGGCCGGAUGGAAUUUUUGUCCAUGUCUGUGUCGACCUGUCAUUGUCCCCACAGUAGAAGAUACAGCUGCGGGGACACAAGACUCCGAGGACGACAUCCACAAUCAUAAAAGUGCCACCUUGCAGUCUGGCGAUCUGCGAAAGCUGUCAAUGGCGGGCGGCCAUGCUCGCCGUCUGUCAAUCAUCUCAGGAAGAUCCAAUCCCGACACGCACCACGAUAAACACUUUCAUCACGUCCACCACGGCUCCCUGUCCGGAAACUUUUCGCAGUCGCCACCUGGUAGCCCGAAAUUAAACCACAAAGAUAGCGGGUAUCAUAGUCACGAAACGAGUAAUCAAACCAGUCAGUCGGAGCUCCGUAGCUAUCGAGUGAAUUCACUGGGGCAUCAAGAUACUUACAGGCAUCGUAGAGAUUCUCUGGGUAUAUUAAAUACGCACAGGUCUUUUAAAAACGGGUCCGUUCUGACAGCGGAGGAUCCUUGUAUUGAGAGAGUCCGCUGCAACUCUGCCGUUUCCAGCUCCAAUGUGGAGCCAAUAACGGAAGAGAGGCCUCGAGACGGUCCCCGAAAGCCACUCUCUGAUAAUUGGACCACUGAAACUGAGACUUCCCUCAAUGAUCAAAAUUCCAAUGUAACUAAGAGAACAGAUAGUAAAAAUAAGCCGCCGUUGCAAAAGAAAGGUUCUUUGCCGCCAUUGCAAAUGAACCAAAGGCUAAGCGAGGUGUACGAAAUGGCGCCUUUGUCCCCUGUGAAAUUACCCCCUAUUAAGAGUGAAUGUAACAUCUCCGCUGAUGACAAUUCCUCGGAAAUAAACGGCUCGAAAACGCCGGACAGUUCAAAGGCUUUGAUAGCUAACGAAAACGGGCAGCUACGGAAAAACCAGGACUACGCGACUACCAAAGAGAGCCACUGCAACCCUGCCGCCAUGCUCCCUCCCGACUUCUCACCCACAUUUUCUUCUAAUCCUAAUUUAUCGUCGGUUCCUCCUUCCUCUCCCAUGUCCCCUGCUUCCCACCAGGCCACCAAGAGGCUGUCCGUGGUCUAUAGCUCCAGUAGUCAUUCGACCACCGUCAGACCCAGCGUCCAUCAUACCGAGCCGCCGAUUCCAGAGGCCGAUUCUGAAGAGAAUGGGAUGAAGCCCGGGUCACCAAAUGAGGGAUCAAUAGUAGAGAUAGAGCCGGAGAUGUACAUUUUCCCGUGUCUUCCGCCUCUCAAAAUGGCUCCCCCAGAUUCCUCAGAAGCCAAAGAAAAGGGCGGAUGUUGGCUGUGGUCGAAAUUCAUUUUAAAAUGGGUUCUCUUCGUGAUCUCCUUUCCCUUUGUGGUCCUCUUCACGUGGUCUAUACCCGACUGCUCUAAAGAUCACCUCAAGAAAUGGUUCUGGUUCAGCUUCUUGAUGUCGGUUGUGUGGAUUGGGCUGCUGAGUUACGCCAUGAUAGUGGUCGUAGAAAGAAUGGGCUGUAUCCUGGAGAUCGAUACCUUUGUCAUGGGGCUCGUCUUCAUAGCCAUCGGGACGAGUGUGCCGGAUGCAAUGAGCUCCAUCUUGGUAGCCAGAGACGGGUACGGAGACAUGGCGGUGUCUAACGCUAUAGGAUCUAAUGUGUUUGACAUCAACCUGGGUAUUGGGCUGCCUUUUCUUAUCAAGGUUAUCAUACAGAGUGGAGCACCAGUGUAUCUGGUUCAACCCGGUGAAACAUUCUUAUACAUAGUGCCCCAUGUGAAGUUCGGGUUUCUGCUGCUAUUGGUCUUGCUGAUAACUCUUGGCGUCUUCAUGGGAUCCAAGUUCGUCUUGAACAAAUUCAUCGGGUUCAGUUUUGUAGGAGUGUACGUCUUAUUCUUAACCUAUGCAUUCAUCCAAGAGUUGAUCUGCCGCAAGCAGUUGAACACUUUCUGUUAACAUUUAGACGCGUGGCUAUAGUUACCUCAGAGGUGAGUUCCAGAAACUCUGGGACACUUUAUCCGAGACGCCAUUUUAGACCGGUUCAAAUCUGGUUUGGUUUGUGUGAACGAGUCCCGUUCGAACCAGUUUAAGCUCAGGCGGACUUUUUUAUGAGCGAUAUGUCAAAAACGAUGAGUAUAUCAUAACUUUAUACAGGUAAUUGAACAUUAAGCAGAAAAAGCGAUAUUGACGUUUAAUCAAAGCGCAUGUUCUCCAUUAUCAUCGUCCAUUUUCACCAUUAGAUCUUGUGACUGGAAAUUGCGGUGUAACUACAAAAUCAAGAAAUAUUUAUUUGAUUUUCAAGUUAUUACUUACGCAUUUAUUAGACUGACAAACACUGUGAUAUAUGUAAAGAUGAAACAAAAUGUCUGUCGCUGCGCUGAUUCUAUUAACUUCGGAAUGAAGAGUUUGGUUUUCGUAAUGUAAAUAUGAUAAUAAUACAUUGUACUAGAGUCGUGCUAAUUUAUACAUCUGUAAAUAGAGAAAGCGUCUUCAAAUAAACUGUGUUCAUUGUAUGUUCAA